CUAGAGUCAGAUCAGAUUCGACUGAAGUGUAUCCGUAAGGAAGGUUUCUUCACUGUGCCUCCAGAACACAGGGUUUCCUCACAAGUAAGAAGUUGUGACUGCAUGUUGGAGGCAGGAUCCUUCUCCACAGAGGCCAUUUGUUACUAGACAGCAGACAUCUGGAACACCGAAUUGGAGGGCGUAAUUAGGUCUCUUUCAAUACUUCAAAGUGGUUCCAGUGUCUUUCUUCCCCUCUGCUCAUCAGGAAAUUCCAACUUGGAAGAUGCCGGAGCGUUAAGGAGUUUGAGAAGCUGAACCGAAUUGGCGAGGGCACCUAUGGCAUCGUGUAUCGGGCCCGGGAUACCCAGACAGAUGAAAUUGUUGCCCUGAAGAAGGUGCGGAUGGACAAAGAAAAAGAUGGCAUUCCCAUCAGCAGCCUGCGUGAGAUCACAUUGCUCUUGCGUCUCCGCCAUCCAAACAUUGUGGAGCUGAAGGAGGUGGUUGUGGGCAGCCACCUGGAGAGCAUCUUCCUGGUGAUGGGUUACUGUGAACAAGAUCUGGCCAGCCUAUUGGAAAAUAUGCCAACACCCUUCUCUGAGGCCCAGGUUAAAUGCAUCAUGCUACAGGUGCUUCGUGGCCUUCAGUACCUGCACAGGAACUUCAUCAUCCACAGGGAUCUGAAGGUGUCCAACUUGCUCAUGACAGAUAAGGGCUGUGUAAAGACAGCGGAUUUUGGCCUGGCUCGGGCCUAUGGUGUUCCAGUAAAGCCAAUGACUCCCAAGGUUGUUACCCUCUGGUACCGAGCCCCAGAGCUGCUGCUUGGAACUACUACCCAGACUACCAGCAUUGACAUGUGGGCUGUUGGCUGCAUCCUGGCAGAGCUGCUGGCCCAUAAACCCCUUCUCCCUGGCACUUCCGAGAUCCACCAGAUCGACUUGAUUGUGCAGCUGCUGGGGACACCGAGUGAGACUAUCUGGCCGGGUUUUUCCAAGCUGCCGCUGGCUGGCCAGUAUAGCUUGAGGAAACAGCCCUACAACAAUCUCAAGCACAAGUUCCCGUGGCUCUCAGAGGCCGGACUUCGUCUGCUCAAUUUCCUCUUCAUGUAUGACCCUAAGAAAAGGGCAACUGCGGGGGACUGUCUGGAGAGCUCCUACUUCAAAGAGAAGCCCCUACCCUGCGAACCGGAACUCAUGCCCACCUUCCCCCACCACCGCAACAAGCGUGCCGCCCCAGCUGCCGCUGAGGGGCAGAGCAAACGAUGCAAGCCCUGAUGGUGGGUCCAGCCCAUCCCUACACAUCCUCAUGGAGCAGUCGGCCGACUGGGAGGGCCCUCCAGGCCACGAUGCCUUCGGCCCCUCCAGCCAACAUCUUCAGAUGACUCCUCCCUGCUACCCUCUGUGCCCAGACGCAAGUAGCUUGUGGCCAGGGGUGUGGGGACACACAGCUCAGACUGGACUGUUGUAGCGCCAUCUGGUGGGCGGCUACUCGUGGCAGCCUUGUCUGUCAGUGAAGCUGUGCUUCUGGGGAGGCAGGGCUAGUGCUGGGGAGGCCUAAAGGUCCGCAUCAGUGGAGUGCUGGAACUGGAGCUGGGCGUUAGCCUGGAGUGAGCAGGCCCAGGAGACCGUGCUGUUCCUGCUUGGUCACCAGGAGCUGCCCGGGACAGACAGGCUAUCGUGACCCUGGGCAGGGAUGGUGGGCUUCAGGUGGGAGGGAGGGAGGCCCCUUGGUUGGGGUCAUGAUAGGAUGCUUUUAAGACUGUCAGAAUGAGAGCCCUUGGUGGACGUGACUGGCACUGAUACCCAGGAAAAGAAUUGGUGGGCCCCUUUCCAGGGGUGGAGAGAUAAAAAGCCUUUCCAAUA